UUAGAGGCUGAAAACAGGAAAAAAAAACAUUUCUGAACUAAUGGACUGCAGACAUAGUACAGGAGAUGACCAGAGACUGCAGACAGUGCAGGGAUGACCAGAGACUGCGGACACAGUGCAGGGAUGACCAGAGACUGCGGACAGUACAGGAGAUGACUGCUGACCUUUGGGGAGGUGGGGAGCGGGUACCUGAAUUUGACAGGUACCCGCUCUUACUUCCGCAGAGUUUUUUUUUUUUAUCUUACCUGUUCCUCUAUCCAGCCACACGCGGUCUUCCCGGCUUCUGUAGUGUGGGCGCUUGUCGGACAGCCGGAUGCCCAGUGCGCAUGCGCGAGAAGCGAUGCGCUUUGUGAUUGGUCCGGCGGCUUCUGGGAUCUGUCAU